AUGACCAUUGUUAUUAAAAAUCCUGUCUACUGUCACAGAGAGGACCACUUGACCACCCAUGAUGGAAUUCUGAAAUUCGAAGCCUUUCAAUCCCGGAGCGUUGAGGGCAAGACCCGUAACGCUGGCCGGACACAGGAGAGACCACCCGGGGACUUAUCCCUAGUCUUGGGUGUAGGAUGGGGCGGUACGGCCCCCAAAUAUAGGGGGCCGGAAACGGGUGAGAGUACCCAGGGAUGGGAUGCUCCGGGAGUAGGAUGGGGCGGAACGGUUCCCGGAGGGGGCUGCACGGGAGAGGGGAGGGAUGGGAUUGGCAGGGUGAAAGAAAAACAGAGAGGGGUGCAGUUUUCCUUUUUGUUUUUCAGCGUGGGAAAGUGUUCGUUUGGAGCCAUAGUGGCUAGACCUGUGCAAUUGUUCAUGUUCUGUGCUGUCUACGGUCCAAGCGCCCUGGUGCUAUUGACCUGCUACGGUUAUGUCUAUGUCGUAGCAAGAGGCCACGCCAGAGCCAUCUUCGAAGUCCGACAGAGCCUUUGUCAUAACCAUUCAACUAUAACAUCUCCUCCCCGAUACGGAUUUGCACUGGCCCUUACCUCCGGCCUUUUCAUUAUUUUGUGGCUUCCCUUUCAGAUUUGUAUGCUGAUGGACGUUUUUCUUGGAACAGAGAUUUUAUCAGAGUGGAUAUCAGUCUUUUUGGCUCUGCCGAUUCUAGCAAGCAGUGCUGUUAAUCCUUGGGUCUACGGUUACCGAAAUUCGGAAAUACGACUCGCCAUAAAAAGAAUUUUGGACGAUCUCUUGACCGCCUUGGGCUUUUCGCCCAGUCGACCACUGGUCAGUUCUCCCAAUGGACAACCCUUAAGUGGUUUGGUUACAGCUGGUGACCCAGCAUCAUUUAUUAACCACGUCCAAAAGGAUUGCUUCAGUAGCCUUAGAAGGUCGAUGGGGGAUCUGCUCUUAAUUCCAGUUGCCAAGUCAGAAAAGUCGAAUAUCAUCCUGGCUAGUGACGAUUGCAGGCUAUACAGGAAGGGAUCGCCAAUUCGCUUCGAAAAAGAAAAACCUUCAAGAAGUCUCAGGCUUUCAAAGAGUAUGAUAGAGAGUUUCGCAGUGGCAAAUGGUAAAGAUGUACUCAUUGUACCAGCAGAUGGUCGUCAACUUAAACAUGGAGCUAGCAUCAUAUAAUAUGUGAAAUAAUACAUCAAUAUGAAACGAAAAGUAAAUUGGGCCCUGAAGAUAAUAAUAAUUUUGUUUACAGUUAUUAUCAGAGCUGCUUAGUUUUGACGAAAAUUUUUGAAUUCAUUAUGGCUUUUCACAGCCUUAUCAAGGACGAAUUAAAUUACAUAUAGGUAUGCAAAUGAAGAAGAGAUUUAUUUAUUUUACAAAAAUAGCGUAGACGUUCUCAUAAAAGUCCGAACAAACAAAGCUAAAACAUGUUACACUAAUGGACUUUUUAUUAUAUAAAUAUAUGGAGUUAGAGAUAACAUUUUCGAUAUGAGGGGAAUUGUCUACGAUUUUUUAAUUAAUUAUUAAAAUAUACCUAAUGAGCUUCUCAAAAUUAGUAUGUUUUUUCAACGUACAUGAAACUAGGAUUCUAUUGUUAGUAGGGUCUGCAUUAGUUUUCACAAUAACUAAAGUAUUUAUUGUCGAUUUUAAUACAGAAUAUUUGUCACAAAAGAACAUUUCUCUACCUAAAAGAUCUUAAGAUUAAGACGAUAUACUACAAACGUACCGAAAUUGAUUCAGUUUUAGGACCUACGAGUUUUUUUAAUGUCGUUUUCUUAAAGAGAAAGAGAUAUAGUACCUAUCUCAAUAUAUGAAUAGUAAUAUUUGUACAUUAAUUUUAGUACAAGACUUAACUGUGAAUUCUAUUAGUAGGAGGUACGUAAUAUUAUUAUAAACAAAAGAUAAUAUUAUGUAAUUAAUGUAUAUUUAUUACGUAAAGUUAUGUAGUUGAAAUAAGUGAUGAAUCAGCGUGAAGUCGUGGGUGUACUGAAAUGUACUAAUAAGAAAGAAAAAGUUAGGGGGUAGGUCAGUAAAUGGUUAACAACAAAACAUAAGUAUUAAAAUACAAUUGAUGAAACUUUAACUUCUUGCAGAUUAAUUUUCAAAAAUACCAAAACAAACACCGGGUUUCGUUACAAAUAUUUAUUACGUUUAAUAACAUUAUUCCACCUAAAGAAGCCAAUGAAUGGCUAAAUAAUUCUUAUAAAUUCAUCAUCAUAAGGUCGUCAGUCCUAAGACUGGUUGGAUACGUACCUCCACUCCUAUCCUGA